AAGCAGGAAUCAUUUUCAAAGAAGCACUCGUUGGAGAAGAAUCUGUUAAUCUGUGAGCUCUCCGAAAUUGCUUAUUAAACUCAGGUCAUUUGUGCAACUCUCCUGCAAAUUCAGAAUGGCUCUCAACAAACUUAGCAUCGAAAAUGUUGACUUGAAAGGCAAACGCGUUUUUAUGCGUGUGGAUUUCAACGUUCCCAUCAAGGAGGGCAAAAUUACCAGCAAUCAGCGUAUCGUUGCCGCUCUGGACAGUAUUAAAUAUGCCCUGGAAAAGGGCGCCAAAUCCGUUGUCCUAGCUUCGCACUUGGGCCGGCCGGAUGGCAACAAAAAUGCCAAAUACACCCUAGCCCCGGUGGCCGAGGAAAUGAAGAAGCUGUUGGGUCGUGAUGUGACCUUCCUGAACGACUGUGUCGGGGCUGAGGUGGAAGCCGCAUGCAAGGAUCCCGCGCCCGGUUCGGUGAUUCUGCUGGAAAAUGUCCGAUUCUACGUUGAGGAGGAAGGCAAGGGCGUUGACGCAUCCGGUAACAAGGUCAAGGCCGACAAGGACAAGGUCAAGACCUUCCGCGAAAGCUUGGCCAAGCUGGGAGACGUGUACGUUAACGAUGCAUUCGGAACGGCUCAUCGUGCGCACAGUUCAAUGAUGGGCGAGGGAUAUGCUCAGCGCGCAGCUGGUCUGCUGUUGAACAAGGAACUGCGUUACUUCUCGCAAGCCCUGGACAACCCACCACGACCAUUCUUGGCCAUCCUGGGAGGUGCCAAGGUAGCCGAUAAAAUCCAACUCAUCGAGAACCUGCUGGACAAGGUCAACGAAAUGAUCAUUGGAGGUGGCAUGGCAUUUACGUUCCUGAAGGUAUUGAACAACAUGGAAAUCGGAGGAUCGCUGUUCGACGAAGAAGGAUCGAAGAUCGUGCAAAAGUUGGUGGACAAAGCCAAGGCGAACAAUGUGCAGCUGCAUUUGCCCGUUGACUUUGUAACAGGCGAUAAGUUCGCCGAAGAUGCUGCUGUUGGUGCCGCCACUGUAGAAAGUGGAAUCCCCGCCGGACACAUGGGUCUCGAUGUUGGACCAAAGUCCCGUGAGGCUUUUGCAGCUCCGAUUGCCCGCGCCAAGAUCAUUGUCUGGAACGGUCCACCAGGCGUUUUCGAAUUCCCCAAUUUCGCUAAUGGUACCAAAGCUGUAAUGGAUGGCGUCGUUGCUGCCACCAAGGCUGGAACCGUAUCCAUCAUUGGCGGUGGAGAUACCGCUUCGUGCUGCGCCAAGUGGGGUACAGAAUCUCAGGUAUCGCAUGUUUCCACCGGCGGUGGUGCGUCCUUGGAAUUGUUGGAAGGCAAAGUUUUGCCUGGUGUUGACGCAUUGAGCAGCGCUUAAAUCUACGAAAUACGUUCCAGCGUGGGGCUCAUAGCCCAUGACCGUUAAAGUCUCCAGCUGGCUUAUCUAAUCAUUAAAGUUAAGGCUUUACUAGAAUCGAAGAGAAAGUCGAAACUCGUCAUUAAAAUAAUCAAUGUGCACCUAGCGCUAAGAUUGUAAGUGUAGACUACACGAUGUGCUGUUAUCAGGAGAGAAAAUAAAAGUCAUGUGUUACGUAUUAGAGAUGAA